UAUUUAUUAUAAGAUGGUGCACACUGCCAAAACUAGUUUUCAAAACAUCAAACACCUCAGACUUUAUAUCAAAAAGAUGGACACAGAAUUGUAGAAUACAGAUACAAAAGUCUGCUCUUUUCUCUCAGCUUUGUGGGCUCUCUCUAGUUGCUUCAAAGUGGCUGCUUUACGGUAGAGCAGAGACAGAAUUGGUUCUUGUUGGUAGCAUAGAAGUUGCUGAGAAGGUUUAUCCAGGAAACUAACUCUUUCAAGCAGUUUAUUUAGGAGAUUACUUUCGGUUGGUUGUGAAUUUUGAUCUGGGGGGAAAUUUUAGCUAAAUUGUGAAUAUGGGUUAUAUGUGUGAUUUCUGUGGGGAACAAAGAUCAAUGGUGUACUGUCGGUCGGAUGCAGCCUGCUUAUGUUUGUCCUGUGACCGCAGUGUGCAUUCUGCAAAUGCACUUUCACGGCGCCAUUCCAGAACACUUGUGUGUGAAAGAUGCAACUUGCAGCCUGCAUUUGUUAGAUGCGUUGAGGAAAACUUAUCUUUUUGUCAGAAUUGUGAUUGGAAGGCACAUGGUAGCUCUAAUUCCGGCACUGCACAUAGGACACAAGCCGUCAAUUCCUAUGCUGGCUGCCCAUCUGCUGCUGAACUGUCUAAUAUCUGGUCUUUUCUCUUGGAUCUUCCUUCAGUUGUUGAUUCAACUUGUGAACAGGGUAUCGGUUCCAUGAGCAUUGAUGAUAAGAGUCAUGCAAACUUCGGAACUCCAAUGGGAAGCAACAAUCAAGCAGAUCUAUGUAUUGGUGCCGGUAACUUAAAAUAUGGAAAUAAGUCAAACUUAUGGAAAGGUUCUUCUGUGGCUAAAGCUGACAAGAAGAGAGCUAAUGGAGACCAGCAAAAUGAAUCUGCAAAAGUUACAGCUACAAAGAUAGGAUUAUCUGGAGCAAAAGAGCUUAAUUUUCGUGAAGAUGAUGACUACUAUGAGGACUUCAAUAUGGAUGAACUCGACUUGAAUAUUGAGAAAUAUGAAGAACUCUUUGGUGUUGGCCAUAACGAUCCCCAACAUCUUUUCAACGAUGAUGGAAUUGAUAGUUUGUUUGAAAUGAAGGGGAAUGGUGCCAAUUCAAAUUGCCAGGAGGCAUAUAUUGCUGAGGGAUCAUCAGUUGGAUUGGAAAAUAUAGCACAGCCCGCUGACAGCAAUGCUGCAUCUGCUGAUUCCAUAAUAAGCUGCAAGACAGAACCAAAUGCUUACUUUGCAAGACAAACCUCCAAUCUGUCAUUUUCGGGUCUCACUGGAGACAGCAGCACUGGUGAAUAUCAAGAUUGUGGGGCCUCUCCAAUGCUUGUUAUGGGAGAGCCGCCGCCAUGGUGUACUCCCGAAAGUUCAUUGGCUUCAAGUACCAGGAGUAGUGCUGUCCAGCGUUACAAGGACAAAAAGAAGACACGAAAGUUUGAAAAGAGAGUGAGGUAUGCUACAAGGAAGGCAAGAGCAGAUGUAAGAAAGCGUGUGAAAGGCCGUUUUGUGAAGGCUGGUGAUGCUUUUGAUUAUGAUCCUUUGAGCCAAACGCGAAGCUUCUGAAGUGAAAUCAAUACCUUAAGUUCGAGGAAUGACUGAUCAAUGUCAAGUUGGAAGACCUGUCAUAACUAAUAUUACUUGGGAAUGGAUGACACUGAUCAUUAUGUCCUCACUUAAGAGUAAAGCAGAUCAGUACAUCACAAGGGGAAUAUUAGCAUUAAGUUAUAACUAGGAAUAUUAAGAAUUGUUCUAGACCGUGGAUAAUGUAAAGUUUGCAUGUGAACCUUUUUGCUGUGUAGGAACCAGAGGUUUUGUCAAGCUCGACAGAGUUCCUAGUCUCCUGGUUUCUCGUUUUGAUAUGGACCUGUACAUCCUGCUCGUUGCAGAUCUAUGAACUUCAUGACUUGGCGUGACGAGCAGCCAAUUCAGUUGUGAGGUCUGGCAUGAAGAUUUUGUCGUGUAGCAUACUAUAAUGUGUCAAUUUUUGCAUGUCCUACAUGCUUGAUCAGUAUAUAAGCAUCCAAAAACAUGACCAUUGAUGCCAGAAUGUGGUAAUGUAUCGUAAACUUUUGCCUUUCGCUUAACAUAGCCUAUAUUAUGAACCGCUUUUGGAUCAUA